GUGGGGUAUAUUUCUUUACCAUUUCCUAUUGUCUUCUUUUCUGUUCUUCUCCUUUCGUACCCGUUACCUCUUCCCCUUCAUUCUAUGUAAAAUUUGCCAACCUACCGAAUACAUAGCUAUAGACUACUAAUCUAGCAGUCCAACAAAAUGUCUCUCCCCACCGAGAUCAAGCAAUGGAUAUCCUCCCAAAACGGUCUCGAAAACCUCACUCAAACCACAGCCCCCCUUCCCGUACCCGGAGAAAAUGAAGUCUUGGUCAAGAUCAAUACCGUCUCGCUGAAUUACCGAGACACAGAAGUGGUAAUGGGCCUCUACAACCACCACAAGACGACCGGUGGACCAGCCUCGACAAUCGUUCCCUGCUCCGAUAUGUGCGGUACUAUCGUCACCUCGAAUUCCCCGAACUGGAAGGUGGGAGAUAAGGUCCUGAGUAUUUUCAAUCAGACGCAUUUGAAGGGACAAGUAAAAGCGGAACAUAUGAAGAGUGGGUUGGGUCUGCCGUUGCAGGGUGUGCUGGCGGAGUAUAGGGUGUCUCCGGAGUAUGGGUUGGUGAAGAAGCCGGAGUAUCUGAGUGAUGAGGAGGCGGCUACUUUACCGAUUGCCGGGAUGACUGCUUGGAUGGCGAUUAAUGGGAUGAGGCCGUUGGGACAGGCUGGUGGAGAGGGAGAGAAGGUCUUGAUUCAGGGUACGGGUGGUGUGGCGGUCAGUGGAUUGCAGAUUGCUAAGGCGAGUGGUGCUGAAGUGAUUAUUACCUCUUCCUCAGACGCGAAGCUCGAAUUGGCAAAGAAGCUGGGUGCGGAUAAAAUGAUUAAUUAUAAGUCAACUCCAAACUGGGACGAAGAGGUAUUGAAGAUGACGGAUGACGAAGGCGUGGAUAUCAUAUUCGAGAACGGCGGAGCUCAGACAUUGCGGAAGUCCUUCGAUUGUAUAGCUUUCGGUGGUCUGAUCAACUGUAUUGGAUAUCUGUCUGGAAAGGAAGACGCAGUGGGAGACCGAACGAACACGAAUGUCUUGGCUUUGAAAAGGAACGUUACGCUGAAGGGGCUUUUGAAUGGGCCGAGGGAGAGGUUGGAAGAAAUGCUGCAGUUUUAUGAUGACAAGAAGAUCCAUCCUGUGGUUGACAAGGUCUUCGGGUUUGAAGAGUCAAAAGAAGCGCUGAUAUAUUUGUUCAAGGGUGGACAUUUCGGGAAGGUUGUGGUGAAGGUAGACUAGGUAGGUAGGCAGAGUAAUACCUUGGUAGUAUUAAGGUAGAAUUGAAAGUCAAAAGAGAAAAAAAUAUAGAAAAGUUUCUAGCGUCCAACCAAAAAG